AUGGCAGCAGAGCCUACAAAUCCAGGCGAACUCGCUGAGAAGGAAGGAAUCAACGAUGCCGUGCACCAGGAGCACAAGGAGGGCGUGAAGGUAGAGACUGUUCAUGGCUCAGUGGCUCUGGAUUUAGCUAGGCGGACCAGUCCCCCGAAUCCGUGGAGUGUUCAGAUGAGAAAGCUAUAUCUAUUCUUGACUGUGGCAUAUCUUUGUUCAGCCCUAAACGGAUUCGAUGGCUCGCUCAUGGGUGCUCUGCUUCCUAUCAAGCAGUUUCAAGACACCUUCGGCGCCGGCUUGGUCGGUUCUAAAGCUUCUUUGAUCCAGGGAAUGUACACAAUUGGAGGUGUCUGCGCGCUGCCCUUCGUCGGAGUUGUCCUUGAUACUUGGGGUCGCCGGAGCGGCAUGUUUGCUGGGUCCUGCUGUGUUGUCGUGGGCACUAUUCUUGGUGGAACUGCCAACCACAUGAAUCAAUUACUUGCUAGCCGAUUCUUCCUUGGUUUUGGAUACUCCUUGGCGUCCUCUGCCGCACCCGCCUACGUCGUCGAGAUGAGUCAUCCUGCAUACCGUGACAUUCUGACCGGUUUAUACAACUGCCAAUACUUUGUCGGCGCUAUUGCUGCUGCUGGUGCCUGUCGCGGAUGCCUAAAAUACGAGAGUUCCCUGGCGUGGCGCAUCCCCAUUUGGUGCCAGAUGAUUUCGUCCGGCAUGGUACUGAUGACGGUUUGGUUUAUUCCCGAGUCACCUCGUUGGCUCUAUAGUCAUGGGCGCCGUGAGGAAGCCUGGGGUGUUAUCACCAAGUAUCACGGUGAGGGAAACCGGGAUAAUGCCUACGUUCACCUACAGGUUCGAGAAUAUGAAGAGGGGAUCAACCUUGAAGGCUCGGAUAAGAAGGCAUGGGACUUUAGAGAACUCAUUAACACAAAGGCAGCCAGAUGGCGCCUGGGAUGUGUGGCUAUAGCAUCAUUCCUGAGCCAGUGGGCGCAGGCUGGUGUCACGAGCUACUACAUCGGCGGGCUUUUGGAGUCAGCUGGUAUGACCGAUACAGAGGAUGUGCUGAACAUCAAUCUUGGCAACACAAUCCUCUCUGCUGCUGGAGCCUACUUGGGAAGCUAUCUGGGCCCAAAAUUCCGACGGAGACCUAUGAUGCUUGGCGUGUCCGUUGCUUGCUGUGUCUGCUUUGCGGCUUUUUCAGCCACCACCGGAGUGUACAAUAAGACGGAGAACCAAGCAGCGGCCACCGCCUCUAUUGCGUUCAUCUUCUUGACCGGUCUUGUUUUCAGCAUUGGCUGGACUCCAUUGCAAGCCAUGUACGCCGUCGAAUGUCUUUCAUACGAGACUCGUGCCAAGGGUAUGGCCAUGUACUCUGUCUUCACCAACAUUGCCUUGCUGGUGAAUCAGUUCGGAGUCGGAAAUGCAAUCAGUGUCAUUGGAUGGCACAUGUAUAUCAUUUUGGCAGGCUGGAACGUUGUCCAGGGAGUGAUCAUUUACUUCUUCGCCGUUGAGACAAACGGACGGACCCUCGAAGAACUUACGGAGAUCUUUGAUGCCCCCAAUCCCCGCAAGAAGAGUACAGAACGCCAGCAAGUCUUGGUUUCCGAGAAUGCGAACGAGGUGGUGGAAGUUAAGACUGCAUAG